AUGUCUUCAUGAAACAAAGCUUCUGCCACCUCAGUGUAUUUCAGGACAUUUCUCAAGGGCCUCGCUCACUGUUUUUUUUUUUCUUUCUUUCUUUCCUCUUUUUGACGUACUAGUUUCAAGCUCCCUCCCACUUCUCCAAUCUAGUUCUUUAGCUUGUGCUGUUCCUGCGUGCGUUGCUUUGGUUUUGACCUGCUUAUCUCCCUCCGGUACCUCACUGUUUGGAAGAGACCGCAUAAAUGCUGGACGAUGACUUCUAACCGAAGGAAAUUCUCUUCCAUCGAGGCUGUUCUGUCCCAUUUUUGUUCUGGGAGCAGGCUGUAUGGUUCUGCUGAAGCCCGCAGCCGCCGUGCUCUGCACAACCUGGCACGGCGCUUCCCAGCCACAGGGGGGUGACCGAUGCUUCUGAAGAAACAACUAAAACCCCCGUUCUACCACCCCUCCUCCCAAGCCCAAGAAAUCUGGGUGUAGCGAAACGGCAAGGUUUCAAAGCUGUUUAUUUAUAAUUAUUUAGCAUGCUAAUGGAGCUAGCCCGGCCGGCGAGGCAGGGCUCUGCUGAGCACCUCGCAGCCCCUUCCUCCUCCAGACGCCUGCUGAAGGCCUAAUGCAGCCCUAGGGCGGCAGUGGGGAGAAAAGGCCCGCAGAGGGCCGCAUCGAGAAGCGACAAACCCCCUCGGGCUGCGGGGUGCGAGGGGGAGCCCCGGCGCCGCCAUUUCGGGCUGAAGGGCGCUGCUCCCGCCGAGGGGCGCCCGGGCAGGGCUGGCGGGCGGCUGGACGGGGCCGGGAGGCUCGAUGGGGUCGGGUAGCUGGACGGGGCCGGGCGGCUGGACGCGGCUGAGAGGCUCGAUGCGACCGGGAAGCUCGAUGGGGCGGGACGGGGCGGUCGCUCCCGUGCUCGGGGCUGGGCUCGCUCCGCGCCUCCAUCUUGAGAGGGAGGGCAGGGGGAGGGCAGCGGGCGGCGCCGCCGCCGCCGGUCGUAGCUGCGGGCCCCCCGGCGGCGCUCAGAAGACCUUCAUGUAACUGGCUGAAAAAUGGUUCUACAAGAUGACAACCCCAACUCUAACACUAUUGAAAUGGAGACUAUCUUCACUGUGACGUGAUGUGUGAAGUUUGUUAGCAUUUUUUUGUUUGUUUUUUACACUUAUUGUGGAAGGUUACAAAUGGUGUGGGUUUUUAUCAUGAAUCGAAUGAGCUCCCAGAGCAGUUCAUCCUCUCAGCGCAGGCGAAUGGCUCUAGGAAUUGUCAUUCUUCUCCUUGUUGAUGUGAUAUGGGUUGCCUCUUCGGAACUCACUUCUUAUGUUUUUACAAAGUACAACAAACCUUUUUUCAGUACGUUUGCAAAAACAUCUAUGUUUGUUCUAUAUCUCUUGGGAUUUAUUGUUUGGAAACCGUGGAGGCAACAGUGUACUCGUGGGUUUCGUGGAAGGCAUGCAGCUUUUUUUGCAGAUGCUGAAGGUUACUUUGCUGCUUGCACAACAGAUAAUGCUGUAAACAGUUCUCUGAGUGAACCUUUAUAUGUUCCUGUAAAGUUUCAUGAUUUGCCAACUGAAAAAAGUGGCAGUAAUAAUAGUGAUGCAGAGAAAACUCCCAAAAAGCCUCGUGUAAGGUUCAGUAAUAUUAUGGAGAUUCGACAACUCCCAUCAAGCCAUGCACUGGAAGCAAAGUUAUCUCGCAUGUCAUAUCCAACGGUUAAGGAGCAGGAAUCAAUAUUAAAAACUGUAGGAAAGCUCACUGCAACUCAAGUAGCAAAAAUUAGCUUUUUCUUUUGCUUCGUGUGGUUCUUGGCAAAUUUCUCUUACCAAGAAGCCCUAUCAGAUACUCAAGUUGCUAUAGUUAAUAUCUUGUCUUCAACCUCUGGGCUUUUUACUUUAAUCUUAGCUGCGGUCUUUCCCAGUAACAGUGGAGAUAGAUUUACUCUUUCCAAAUUAUUAGCUGUUAUUUUAAGCAUUGGUGGUGUGGUACUCGUUAACCUUUCUGGAUCUGAAAAAUCUCCUGGAAGAGAUACAAUAGGCUCCCUUUGGUCUCUUGUAGGAGCAAUGCUGUAUGCUGUGUACAUAGUGAUGAUCAAAAGGAAAGUAGAUAGGGAAGAUAAACUCGAUAUACCAAUGUUCUUUGGUUUUGUAGGGCUGUUCAAUCUGUUGCUGCUUUGGCCAGGGUUUUUCCUGCUUCACUAUACUGGCUUUGAAGCAUUUGAGUUUCCCAGCAAACUGAUAUGGAUGUGCAUUGUCAUUAAUGGCCUUAUUGGAACAGUUCUGUCAGAGUUCCUCUGGUUGUGGGGCUGCUUUCUUACCUCAUCACUGAUAGGCACACUUGCGCUAAGCCUUACAAUACCUCUGUCCAUAAUAGCUGACAUGUGCAUGCAAAAGGUGCAGUUUUCGUGGUUAUUUUUUGCAGGGGCAAUCCCUGUAUUUUUUUCUUUUUUCAUUGCAACUCUUUUAUGUCACUAUAACAACUGGGAUCCAGUGAUGGUGGGAAUCAGAAGAGUUUUUGCCUUUAUUUGUAGAAAACAUCGAAUUCAGAGAAUGCCGGAAGAAAGCGAGCAGUGUGAAAGUCUCAUUCCUAUGCAUAGUGUUUCACAAGAUGGAGAUAGUUGCUGUUCAUAGACAAAAGUUUAAAAACGGAAUGAUGCCUAGCGAAGAGACAAUCUCUGGAAAAGUCCCUAAGGAAUCAUGUUUCAGUGCCUAUUCUGAAUUUUUAGUAAAAAUAAGAAGUUUUGGUUCUUGUGAAACGUUAAUGUUUUCCUCUUUCUUGCUUUCAUCUGGUUUUAUAAAUGAACAAAUUUACUACAUGCAUAUCACUGUAGGGAGUCUUAGUCCAUCUGAGCAACCAAACCUGCCUUACAACACUGAGCUGGUGAAGUUACUUGACAAAAUCAAGAAAAUGAAUGCUGUUAAGUGAUUUCUUUCUCUUUUUAACUCACAGUUUUGUUAAAUGCUGGACAACAUUGUUUUUAAAAAUACUUUCAAAUGCGUUAUGUAAAUAAGUUUGCAGGUUAUCACGUCUUACAGGCUUUUUGAUGAAAAGCUAAAUAGAUAUGUUACCUGUAGUAGGUACAAAUUAACUUUUUUAUGUUGUAUAGACUAUUUGCAUAUUAAUAGAAGAAAAUAGUAAAGUAAUUUAUUAAGUGAAUUCUUGUAAUUAUUGAGGCAGGAUCUUUGUACGGUCCUGGAACACUACAUAUAUAUUGUCUUACCCCAUUUUGAGAAGCCUUGUAAUGGCAACGGGUGCCGAUGUUUAAAAAUCUUGUAUUACCUAAUGUUCUGGAAUGUUUACAAUUUUAGUGAAUGAUAAAAUAUUUCUAAUGACAGUACAUUUGGGAGUACAUUCUCAAAAUCAAUGUUUGUUUUAAACAGACCGAUUCUGUAACCCGUCAUUCCGAAUGAUCUCAUAGAGAAAACUGAAUUUGAAAAUUUUCGUUAGUACAGCUGCCAGCUAAGAAACAGAUCAAAUUAAUUGUUAAAGUUUUCAGUCAGUGGGUUGCACUAUGAAAGAUAAAGAUAAUUAUAUUGAUUUCUUUUUUUUUCCGAUUGCAUUAAUAAAUUUAUUCUAAAAUUGAUCGUUUUCCUUAUAACCUGUAUCUUCCUUCUACUGCGGCAUUUUUCCUAUUUGAUUCUGAGAAGUUAGGAAUAAUUAAGUUCAGGGAUAUUUGACAAAAAUCAGUAACUUUUUCCAACUUCUGGUUAUAAGACACUUAUAUUUUAAAAAAUAAUAAUAAUUUUGGCUUUUGUAUGAUUUUAUUUUCUUAUAAUGAAUAUAGGACAGAUUUUUAGCCGAUAGUACUGUUUUCCACAUAAGAAGUCUGUUAAUAACAUAGGGUAUUCCCAUGAUCCUUCCAAGAGCAGUUUUGGUGAUUUGGUGACACAACUACUAGACUAGAGGGAAUGCAAGAAAGCGACACGUUUAGUGAUACAGUUAGAAGGAUUGACUCAACCAGCAGCUAGAAUGUAGAAUUCUUUAUGUAGAGAAUGGAAAAGAUACUGAGGAGAAAUAAGUGAAUCUGGGGACUGAUCUUGUUGAGUAUUGCACCUUAAUAAAAUUUUCCCUUCUGGUUCUUAAUAGUGGAUGUCAUUAAAAGUUGCAAUUAUCUGAGGCAUCUCUUUAAGAUGAUGUAAUAAGUCUUUGGAUACCUGAGAUGGGAUUUUUUUUUUAUUUUAAUAAGUUAAUAAGAUUAUUAAAUUUUCCGUGGCAUUUUCAGAAACUUUCUAUUUCAAUUCCAAAGCCCAGUAGUAGAGGGGUUGAAAAUACAGUAUGUAAAACUAAUUUUAUAUUUUACUUAGUUAGAAUUUUCAGAGAUUUCUUUGGUAAGAGGAGUUUACAGUAGGAUUUUUUUUCCUAAAUUAGGACAAAUUAGAGAAUGUUACUUUCAGCUUUUUCAAUAAGUGUUGUUAAGGCUUAGUGGCAAUAAAAAGCUAAUGUCCGUUUUCUUCUGAUUUUAACGUUUCAAUGAGAUCAUGCCAUACACUCAAUACCAGCCAUUAACUACAAAUUUAGGUCUGUUCCUUUACAACAUCUAAUCAGUUACAGCUUCAGCAAACUAACCUUAGGAAAACUGAGUUUGCUUUCAAAUGGGCAAUUACAGUAUUUUUAGCAGGGUAUUUUAAUAAUGUCUUCUGAAAUUGGUCACUGAUAGGAUUGGAGUGAUAACACAUGGUGGGCAAUUGCUAUUCGUAUUUGUUCAUGACUUAAAAGUGAAAGAUCGUCAUGGUCUCAUAUGUAUAUGACUUUUGUGAAGUGGCAUUAUUAUGUUAGAGAGGUUUAGAAACUAAGUACUAGGAGAGUGUUCUUCUAUCUCUGACCCAGUCAUCUUUCUGUUCAGCAGACUCAAUGUUAGGGCCUUCCCACUGCUUCUGUUUUUAACAAGAGAUGUAUUAAUCUUUUUUUAAAGAUACUUAAUAUUUUAAUCUUAUGUCACUAAGUAGCUUGAGCAGUCUUUUUGCAUUAAAUUACAGUUCUUUACAGAAGAAAAAAAGCAAACUAUCCUUCCUGAAAUGCCAUGGAUUUUUAAACAGUGGUGCCCCUGUGGUUACAAGAAAUAUACUGCAGUUUUAUUUACUGAAGUUAUGACAUGUAACAUUGUUCCUGCAUUUAAUAGAAUGUGAUGAGAUUUUUCUAUAAAAUCUUGUGAUUUUUAGUACAAUAAUAUUUUAUAAAUAUAUCGUCUUAUUUGAAAUGUAAAUUGCAUAGUUCUCUAAUGGGUGCUUGGUAAAUGCACAAGAGAUUUAGCUUUGAUUCUCAGGUACCUCUGAUGUAAUGGUGACAUGCUGUUUUUUUUUUUCCUCAUGACACAACUGGAAUGUGAAGGCGCUCCCGUAAAUGCUUUAACACUGUGUGCUAGCAUAAAUU